GCCCUAGACGCAGAUAAGAGUCAGCAAGUGCAAGCAGGAAGCAAAGUAACAUCAGCGCGUGUGUCAUCGAUUCGACUUUAUUCAGUCACGAGAAGUUGCGAGAACUCGAGAAAGGAGUGGAGAUAUUUAGUCUGAUUAACGGUGCUAAUAAAACUUUGAUAGCAAUUCAACAUGGGAGUCCCUGCUGGUGAUGCUGAAAAAGGAAAAAAGAUCUUUGUCCAAAGAUGCGCUCAAUGCCAUACGAUUGAUGCUGGUGGCAAACACAAAGUCGGUCCCAAUUUACAUGGAAUAUGGGGUAGAAAGACAGGUCAAGGAGUUGGAUUCACUUACACAGAUGCCAACAAAUCAAAAGGUAUUACAUGGAACGCAGACACGCUCUUUGAGUACUUGGAGAACCCAAAGAAGUACAUUCCAGGUACCAAGAUGGUGUUUGCUGGAUUGAAAAAACCUCAAGAACGUGCUGAUCUUAUUGCUUACAUUGAGAAAGCCAGCAAGUAAAAAAACAGAGGUUUAAAAUUAAAAUGUCCGAACAAGCUUCAUCAAUCAAGACGCAAAUCGAUCAAAUAGUUUAAUUAACAUCUAAAUAAUUUGCGUUUUCUCUGUUAAGCUGUUCUGUUAAUUUUUUAUCCUGUUAAUUCUCUCUAUCAAUCAUGCAUCCAUACGUAUUCCUUAUCAUUGAUAAUUUUAAGGAUAUAUGUAUGUGUAACUAUAGUAAAUCAAUUGUUAUUGAAAAUAAGUAGAUAAUUGAACAGUAUAAAUGUAUUAUAAUAUCAAAUUUGUCAAUUUUUGGGAAAUUAAUAUCUCAAUAUCUCAAUUAUUAACUAAAUGAAAUUUAUUUAGGUCCAUGUGAUCAAAAUAAAUCAUUGUCAUUAUUUAUUUAUUUUAAUUGUGUACAGUUAUCGCAUGUAAUUCAUCAACAUUUUCGUCAAUAUUUAGGUUCAAAAUAUAAAUUCAAAUAAUUACUUAAAUGUUUUGUUCAUUGCUUUAUUUUUAUUUAUUUAU